GUAGAAGAAUUGGAAUCAGAAACUCUCUCUUUAUUCUUAAAAUUUCAGCGCCGAAAUCGCCACAGUUUUGAAUGAACACUGCUCAAGAUUCUUCAUCAUCUUCAUCUUUACGCCCUUCUGAUUCCUCCACUUUAAUCCCUAAUUUUUAUCUUCAUAAAAUGCGAUCUCAAACCCUAACAAACGAAGUCCUAGCCGGGUUAGACUUCGAUCCUCAUCGUUUGCUGAAGCCUCUCCAUCAUGAGCAAUCACCUUGAACAUGGCAAUCAUAAUCCCUAUGUUCAACAUACCUCUACCGCUUCGUCAUCUGCCCAACCUGGGAAAAGAGAUAAGAUGUGGGAUGUGUUGGGUCGCUGCGGGAAGAUGUUGGAAGGUUAUGGGAAAAUGGCAGAGGAAGCUGCCGAAAACGUCUUGCAUCACAUAAAAGUUAGUCCUAGCAUAACUGAUGCUGCAAAGGCCAGGUUUGUUCAAGGGACGAAAGUAAUUGCUGAAGGAGGAUCCCAAAGAUUGUUUCAGCAUACGUUUGGUGUUAUUCCUGGAGAAAAAUACCUGCACUCGUAUGCUUGCUAUCUGGCAGAUCCUUCUGGGCCCGUGAAUGGGAUGCUUUACAUAUCCACAAAAAGAGUGGCUUUCUGUAGUGAAUCCCCUCUCUGUUACUCUUCAUCUCCUGGCCAGCCACAGUGGGUCUAUUACAAGGUGGUGAUAGAGCUCAAUCAGUUGGCAGCUUUACGCCCAUGUCCUAAUCUUCUCAAUACCUCUGAAAAAGACAUUCACAUAGUCACAAAGGAUGGGCAUGAAUUCUGGUUCCUGGGAUUUUUAUUGUUUAGCAGGGCUCUAAAGAGUUUAAAUGAGGCGUUAAAGCAUUCCUGUGCCUAGUUUGGAUGAACCUAGAUGAACUGAGUUUCUGCCUCCUCUCUGCAUCCCAUUCCUAUGUAUUGUAACUAAAAUGUUCAUGUUUUCUUUUCGCAAUUACUUUCCUCUUCUAAAAGGUGCUGCACUUUAUUGGAUGUGUAAACAAAAACCAGUGGUUCCUUUGCAGUUUUGUAUGGGAUGAUUUAAAAAUUUGUGCUUUACUCGGGCUCGUGCUAUCGCUUCC